AUGUCCACUGUCCGCAUAUGUGUCUGCGGUGACGAAAACACCGGCAAGUCGAGCUUGAUCGCCUCUCUCGUCAAAGACCAGUUCGUCACCAACAAGAUCCAACCCGUCCUCCCUCAAAUCACCAUCCCUCCAAGCAUCGGCACCCCUGAUAACGUUUCAACCAUCAUUGUCGAUACCUCCGCCCGCCCUCAGGACCGAACUACCCUCCGCAAAGAGAUCCGCAAAUGCAAUGUUAUCCUCCUCGUUUACGCCGACCACUACAGCUACGAGCGCGUUGCUCUAUUCUGGAUGCCGUACUUCCGCUCCCUCGGCGUCAAUGUCCCGGUCGUCCUCUGCGCAAACAAGUCCGACCUCUCCGGCCAGGCCACCACGCCCCAGGUCGUUGAGGAGGAAAUGCUCCCCGUCAUGUCCGAGUUCCGCGAGAUCGAUUCCUGCAUCCGUACCAGCGCCCGAGACCACCGCAACGUCAACGAGGUCUUCUUCCUCUGCCAAAAGGCAGUCACGCACCCCAUUGCCCCGCUGUUCGACUACAAGGAGGGCCAUCUAAAACCCGCUUGUGUGAAUGCUCUCAAGCGCAUCUUCUAUCUCUGUGACAAGGACCAGGAUGGCUACCUCAACGAGCAGGAGAUGCGUGACUUCCAGGCCCGCUGCUUCGAUAAGCCCUUGACUACCGAUGAUCUCGACAAUAUCAAACUCUCUGUCGCCAAGUCUCUCCCAGACUCUGACCUCGACAAAGGUAUCGAUCAGAGGGGCUUCUUGCAACUCAACAAGCUCUACGCCGAAAAAGGACGCCACGAAACCAUAUGGAUCAUCCUUCGCACAUACCACUAUACCGACAGUCUCAGCCUUGAGGACAAGUUCAUCCGGCCUAAAUUCGAUGUCCCAGAGUACUCGUCUGCUGAGCUGAGCCCUGCGGGGUAUCGGUUCUUCGUUGAUCUCUUCUUGCUCUUUGACAAGGACAACGACGGAGGUCUUAAUGACCAGGAACUCGAGGCUUUAUUCUCGCCCACUCCCGGACUGCCCAGCUCAUGGACCGAUUCCGACUUCCCCUCUUCCACCGUCAGGAAUGAGGCCGGCCACAUCACCCUUCAAGGUUGGCUGGCUCAGUGGAGCAUGACGACAUUCAUCGAGCCCAAAACCACCAUGGAGUACCUGGCCUACCUAGGCUUCGAACCACACAACCCCAAGGACCCCAUCACGGCUGCCCUCAAAAUCACAAAGCCUCGCAAGAGAAGAAGAAGGCCUGGUCGGGUAGAGCGUAACGUCGUCCUUUGCUACGUCCUGGGUGCAUCCGGGGCCGGAAAGUCCUCCCUGCUCGAUGCCUUCCUGAACCGCCCCUUUGAGGGUUUGUACAACCCGACUAUUAAGCCUCGCCGAGCAGUAAACAGCGUCGAGCUCCCUGGAGGAAAGCAGGUCUAUCUCAUUCUCGAAGAACUCGGCGAGCUGGAACCCGCGAUCCUCGAGAAUCAGGCCAAGAUGGACGCCUGUGACAUGAUCUGCUACGCGUACGACUCAUCCGACCCGGACUCCUUCUCUCACAUUGUCGAAAUGCGCACCAAGUAUCCCCAUCUUGACGAGCUGCCGUCCAUCUAUACCGCCCUCAAGGCCGACAAGGACAAGACCAACCAGCGCAGCGAGCUCCAGCCCGAUCAAUACGCCUCCUCCCUCAGCAUGAGCCUUCCCCUCCACGUAAGUGUCACUUGGGGCAGCAUCAGCGAACUCUUUGUCGUCUUUGCCGACGCCGCCACCAACCCUAGCACCGCCUUCCCCAAGAGCUCCGAUGAGGGGCCUGACCGAACAAGUCUUUACAUCGCCCUCGGGGCCACAGCUUGCGCCGGUGUCGCAGCCCUGAUGAUCUGGCGGCGUGCUACCAAUGCUGCUUAG